CUCGAGCGUUUUAAUUUAGUUUACACUGCGAAUUUGAAUCGUCGCGUCUAAUAUAAACAUACAAGUCCACACAGAGUCGAUUUUAUUUGAACAUGUUACAUUAUUUAGAACCUACAACAACGACUUCAUUUAAAACAGAUCAAAAUGGCGAAACAAAGGAAAAUAAAGAAGACUAUGAUGACCAAGGAAAGUAUUACGAUAUGUGUCUUACUAAUGAUCCAAAAUAUUUAGCUCCUAUCAGAAACUUGGAAAGAAAGUUCGGUUUUGUGACGCCACUCAUUUGGAAGAAUGUGAUAUUGAUGGCCCUGGCUCAUAUUGUAUUGGCGUAUCAAAUUGUGAUGUAUUUCAUGUACAGCAAGGAUAGAUUGUUGUUUUCAUCAAUUGUUCAGAUACUCUUAUAUGGGUAUAUGGCAGGGUUUGGUAUCACCGCCGGAAUUCACCGUCUCUGGAGUCAUCGUUCUUACAAAGUGAAGACACCGUUUAAGAUAUUUUUACUAUUGUGCUUCGCUUUGACGGGACAGAAAACUGUGUACCGAUGGGUUCGAGAUCAUCGUGUUCACCAUAAGAGAUGUGAUACCUCAGGCGAUCCCCAUGAUGCUUCCCGUGGCUUCUUCUUCUCCCAUAUCGGCUGGUUCAUGAUGAAGAAACAUCCUCAUGUUAUUACUGAGGGAGCUAAGAUUGACAUGAGUGAUAUUACUGGUGAUCCUAUAUUGGUGUUUUUUGAUAGACAUUAUGGAGUAUUUAAACUGUUAAUUUGCUUCGUGAUACCAGCUCUAAUACCAGUAUGGGUUUUUGGUGAGACGUGGGCCAAUUCAUUGUUAACAGUUAACUUACGUUACUUUCUCACGUUACAUUUAACGUGGUGCGUCAACAGUUUUGCUCAUAUGUAUGGAUCAAAGCCUUAUGACAAGAACAUAAUGCCUUCACAAAAUGUGAUCCUGUCAGUUCUAUUGAUUGGAGAAGGUUGGCAUAAUUAUCACCACACCUUCCCCUGGGAUUACAAGUCUGCGGAGUUACCUUACUUCAUUAACUUGACCACGCUGAUAUUGGAUGCUGCAGCAUUAGUUGGUCAAGUAUUCGACAGGAAGGUAGCCACACCAGCUAUAGUAAAAGCCAUUGCACAGAAAAAAGGAGACUCAAGUUGGAAGAUUUCAUAGUUAUGUCACGGCCUAAGAGAAUGGUUAACAUUGGUGUUUAGGGUUUUGCUUGGAUAAUUUAUACGUCUAGAAUCUAGAUAGACUGCAAAAAUUUAAGUUGAAUGUUAACCUCUAAACAAUUUGUUAUGUUUUUAAGGUGAUAAUCCUCACUUCUGUGAUAUAUAAACAAAUAAAAAUUGAAAACUACAGGAUGUAGAUGUAGCCACAACAUGAGAGUUGAACAAAGCAUAUAAGAUUUUAUAACGAUACGUCACUCGAACGGUUAGUUCAGUUGGUAAGAGCACUCGCACGGAACGCGAGGGGUCGUGGGUUCGAGUCUCGCAUCGUUCAUAAAAUUUUAUUUGUGAGUUAACCUCUAUUUUGAGCAAUGCUCGCAUACUAACAUAAAGUGACAUACAAAUUGCGUUCGUUAGACGAAGUUUGUCAAGCACACUAAGUAUUAAACCUGGCCUGUUUUCAUCGGUUGUCUAGCAGCAAGAGGCUCUAUCAAGACGUAUAAAUUAUCUAUGGAACAUUGUACAUAACAAAUAUUUUUGUCAUUUAUUGUUGAUCGAUUUACGGCCGUUCCCAAUAUACUAUCUACAGAUAGAGAUAAAUUACUACUGUAUCUACUGUAUGUACUGUAUCAGUAAUUAGCUGUCAAUAAUCUGAAGCUGGCCCAAUAUACCCGAUAAGUCAUUCUUAUCGCCUUAUAUUGGGACGCGUGAAUUACAUUUUCCAUACAAACUUCUAUCGCUGGUAAGCAAUACGCCCUCCCAUUGACAUACAGCGUGUACGUUUAAGGUGAGUUACUGUCGAUAAGUUUAUUGGGACAGAAAAGUCAACGAUAGUUAUGAUUUUUAUCUCAAGUAAGAGAUAGACUGAAUAUUGGGAACGGCCGUUAGAUUAUUGCUACUAUGUGCUAUUUUGAUAAAUUAAUGAUAAUUAUAUAUAGUAAUUGUUUAAACAUUUAA